CCAGUACCACUCGUUUGCGACUUUGAAUGGACGACGAAGGGCAGUUGGACGAUUGGUCUGGACAAGGCUGAAUGACCUAUACGAUUAUCGAUAUGCCUUCCGUCACUAGUGCAUCGAGCUCCGACAAGUACUCUGUGAUUCUGCCGACGUACAAUGAACGAAAGAACUUGCCUAUCAUAACGUGGCUCCUAGCCAAGACAUUUACCGAUGCUGGGCUUGCAUGGGAGAUCAUCGUCGUAGACGACGCGAGCCCAGAUGGGACAGAAGAGGUAGCAAAGCAACUGGCAAAGGUGUACGGAGAGGAUCAUGUGAUUCUCAAACCGAGAGCUGGCAAGCUUGGCCUGGGGACCGCCUACGUUCACGGUCUCAACUUUUGUACCGGUACAUUCGUGAUCAUCAUGGACGCAGACUUUUCCCACCACCCCAAGUUCAUACCCGAAUUCAUCAAACAACAAAAAUUGCACAACCUAGACAUUGUCACUGGUACACGUUACUCUUCUCAUCCUUCUCCGAAUCCAUCUUCAACGGCUCCACGCAUAGGUUUAGGUCCAGGAGGAGUGUAUGGUUGGGAUCUGAAGAGAAAGUUGGUCUCAAGAGGUGCCAAUUUUUUGGCCGACACAGUGUUGAACCCUGGUGUGACCGAUUUGACUGGUAGCUUCCGAUUGUACCGCACACCCGUCAUCAAAGAUAUCAUCUCUCGCUGUACGUCCAAGGGUUACGUCUUCCAAAUGGAGAUCAUUGUUCGGGCGAGAUCACUGGGUUACACUGUCGGCGAAGUGCCCAUCACGUUCGUUGAUCGGAUAUACGGCGAGUCAAAAUUGGGUGGAUCAGAGAUUGUACAAUAUGCCAAGGGCGUCGGACAGCUAUGGUGGGGCGUGUAGAGUGUCAUAUAUGCUCGUAUAGAAAUUGUACAACUAUCUCGUCGAAAUGAUGUCGUCUACCUCUGGCAUGCCAUCCUCUGCUAUA